GUAACGGAGUGCGAGUUCAUUCGGAUUCCGGAAGCAGUUCAAACAUUCUAGGACAUAUGUACCUCUAUAUAUGCCCGCCCAUUACAAUGAAGGGGCCAAGUCACAGAGACUGCAUGUGGCCAAUUCUAUCCCUUCCUUACUUUGCCUCUGCCUACCUUACUGACCUACCUUACCUACCUACCCCUACUUUGGGACCAACAGGCCGAGGUACACAGCACUAUACAGCAUACAAUACCUCACCUCGCACGACAUAUAUAUACAACACGAGGUAACAGCAAUAGC